UCUGUAGUUUAUAGAUUUACAGCGAAGAUAUCAACUGUCGAAAAUUCUUAUAAAAAUAUUUCUUUUUUAACUGUCUUAUAAAUGUACAGUAUAAAAUAAUUAUCUUAUUUUUCACUAUUUUAUAUCUCACUUUUUUCGUUAUAAUGUCAGAAGAUUAUAAAGAUAAAGCGUUUCUUGCUUACAAAAAUGAUUCACGAAUACCUUGUCGAUAUGGCGCGAAAUGUUAUCAAAAAAAUUCAUUACACCAUAAUAAGUAUAAACACCCUUUUUCGACUAAAAAAAAAGAAGCCAAAGUUAGUCAAAAAACAUUAAUUGGGAAUAAAAGAAAAUUUGAAGAAAUAAAUGAUAAUAAGAAAGAAGCAGAUUCUGUUUCUGUUUCGAGUAAAAUUCAAAAAGUUAAGACUAAUGUUCCUAAUGCUGAUGUAAAUAAUUCAGAACAUACUGAUAAUAUAGAAACAGAUAAUGAACAUUUAAUUACAACAUCAAAUAAUGAGAAAAUGGUUGAAGACAAUAUAGAAGAAAUAAAAGAAAAAUCUUGUACCUCACUUGAUAAUAGUAAUCAGACAGACAGUGAUGAUUCUUGUAUAAUAUUAUCUCCAAAUUGUAUGAAAGAAAGUAUUAAAAAUUUAUUCUUAGUUCAAAUGCCAGAAGAUUUCUACCAAUUUUAUGAGUUUUGCAAACUUAUUUCCAAAAAUGCAGCAUUGAGGGCACUAAAAUCCGUUCAUCUCAAUCUCGUAGGUCCUUUCGAUAUUUUAGAUAAUAAAUUAAAAAGUUUUAAAAAUAAAGAUAAAGAAAAAUAUCUUGGACAUUGGAGAUAUUAUUAUGAUCCACCAGAAUUUCAAACAAUUAUUACAGGAGAAAAAGAUGGUUUACAUCUUGGAUAUUGGAGAGAUGAGCCUAAUGAAAAGCCAAUAUUUGUAGUAAAAAAUAAAGCAGAUGUAAAUUGUAUAAUACAACCUGAGGCAGAAAAUGUAUUUGGUGCAGUUAAUGUUUGUAUCGAAGAUGCAUUGAAAACGGCCAAUCUAUUCGAAAAGACAAGUAUAUUACAACUUCAAAAACAAUUAAAAGAAUUUGCUCAGAAACAUAAUAUAACUUUAGAAAGCAAAACAGACAAAAUGAUAAAUCGGGAGAAGAAAGUCGUUGCAAGGACAUUUCAUAAAGCUGGGAUCGUUGUACCAUAUAAUAAGAAAACACAAUUAGGUUAUAGAGAAUUAUCAGUGACUGACAAAGAAUUACAACAAAUAUUUAAGAAAAUAGAUGAGGCAAAUUCCUUAGAAGAGCGUAAAAAAGCAAUGUCUAAACUCGAUGAAGUUGUACGCCUCGCAACAAUAGCUGCAGAUGAAUGUGACUUCGGAACUUGUUUAGAAUUGGCACAUGAUCUGUUUUCUAGUGGUAAUGUGCAUAUUGAAAAGACAGCAUUGCAAAUGUUUUCCAUUGCUUACACGCAUCUUAAUCGUCCAGAAUUUUUAGAAAUAAUUAAGGUACACUUGAAGAAUAGAAAACGUGGUAAUGACUUAACCGUCAUUUAAAAUUUUUUAAUCUUAAAAUAUAUAAUUUUAAUGCAAGCUUUAAUUAAUUAUAAAUGCCAGAUAAUAUACUUAUGAAAUUAUUUAAUAAUACUUAUGUAA